UGGCUGAGUGAUCAGAUCAGAGACAGACUGAGUGCAGCAGCAGAAGGAACUGGAAGAUUAUCGCUGGGAAUUUUAACAUUUUCUAUUUUCACCAAAAGGCAUGACUCUUUUGCCAACAAGCAUCCCUGCAAACUUCAGCCAUGAAGCUGUGGAUGAAAACCACAACAACACGGACUACACUUUGUGCCAUUAUGAUGAAAGCGAGUGGAUCUUCACUGUGAUUCCAGUGUACAUCCUGAUCAUCAGUGUGCUGGGAAUUAUCCUGAAUGUGUUUGUGUUGAUGAUUUACUGGCUACACAAGACGGCCUGUAACGUGGCUGAGAUCUACUUGAGCAACCUGGCGGCUGCCCACCUCUUUCUGAUGUCUAGUUUACCCUUCUGGGCUGUGAAUGUGCAAAAAAGAUAUGACUGGAACUUGAGUGAAACCCUGUGUAAACUGGUCCCCUUCUCCAUCAGCAUGAAUGCUGACUGCAGCAUCUACAUCCUGGUUCUGGUCAGCAUUGACCGAUAUUUGGCACUGGUGCACCCACUGACCCAUGGAAGAAUGCGGAGCCCAUUUUAUGCCAAACUGGCAUGUGUAGUGGUGUGGGCUGUAUGCUUUCUGUUGAAUGUCCCUGUACUCAUCUACAGGGAAGUUGAACACUACCCUGAGCAGAAUUUUAGCAUAUGCUUUCUUUCUUAUUCAGAUCAAACAGACAAAGUGGUAAGCAUCCUCAAUGUCAUUCUAAAGUUUGUUAUUCCCAUUUUUAUUAUGUCCUUCUGCACUCUCAAAAUUAUUCAAGCUGUCAGAAGCAGGUUAAGGGAAAGAUUUAGCACUCAGGGAAAGGAGCAGAAGGCUACCACUCUGAUUCUUGCAGUCCUCCUGGCGUUCCUGAUCUGCUGGGUGCCAUUCCAUGUGUUUAAGAUACUAGAUCUGCUGAGUAGAUAUAACAUUGUGGGAGGGUGUGAGUUUCGCUUAGGUUGGUUCCAACAGAUCUUCAUCUUCUUAGCCUUCUUCAAUAGUGUUCUCAACCCCAUUCUCUACGUUUGUGUAGGGAGAAACUUCCGGAGAAAAGUUAAGGAGACCUUCAGUCAGAUAAGUAAUAGGAGAAAAUCAACAUUCAGCCUCCUCACCACAUGUGCAAACCUGUCAAGAAGUGUUAAAACUGAGAAUGCCACAAGCUAAGCUGUGGGAUUGUAUUUUUUUAAUUUAGGGUUUAUGUUUUAAAGAUUUUAUACAGUGGAACUGGCAAUGUUUUACAUGGAUACAAUGUAAGAAAGAUAUGUUUAAAAUUACAAGUGCUUUAGCUGGGAGGAGGACCAAGAAUAUUUGUGUUCAAUGAUUCAAAGAAUGUAGGACAUCUGUGUUUUUCUGCAACUCUUCUUUAUGUGCCGGGGUUUCUCCCAACACUUAAAUGCUUUUUGAGGCACUGAUGUAUAAAUAAUCGAUAGGAAGAUGUAGGCACACACUCACAAAUAUAUACUUUUUUCAACAUAGUCCUGAACUCUUAUCUUUUAGGACAAUACAAAAGUGAGGGAAAAGGAUGACUGAAACAUAAAGAUUUAUUGUUUAAAGUCACAUUGUUUUUUUUAGCUCUUUUCUGUCUAACAUCAGCAGAUGGGUAGAAAUCAAGGGUGUGAUCAUUUUAAAAGGAAGUAAUUGAAUAUGUCUCUAUCUCAAGACAUCCUGCUGACAUUUUAUAUCACUUAUGGUGUAUUUACCAAAAUCUGCAACUCAACCACAUCAGUUAUCAUGCUUUCAGAUUUAACACAACAGCAACAGUGCUGCAUAAUUAAACAGGGUUACCACACAUGUUUUACAUCACAGAAGUAAUGGACAAAACCUAAGAUAAUGGAAAUAUUGUACCAAAGAAAUGGAGGCAGACUUUGUGUCUCUAUACAUCAUCAGUUACACUCUUGGCACAAGAAGUCAGUGUUGGGAUGUUUCACUCCUGAAUGCAUGUGCAUGUAUUUAAAUAUCAUUCUCUGUAUUGUGACAAAUCUGUUAUUGUGACAAAACUGUAUUGUUUUGGGUUUGUACUAUUCACAGACCAUCCUGUCAUGUUUUAAAACCAUGUAAUAUUACUUACUUAUGUGUGUGACAUUGCGACUGGAGCAAACUUCAAAUACUUUUUCAACCUGCCAACAGUAUAGAGUGGCUACCUGCACAUUGUGCAGACAUCUGCAUGCUUGUACAGUUUGUAAUUUGUUGCUUGGUGCAGUUGAUUUACUAUUCAAGUAAGAGGAUCUGGAAGAAUAUUUUCUCAUCUGGUCAUGCAACUCUGUCUUCACUUGGUGAACACACUUCACUGUUGCUGAAAUAUCCUGUGUGUGUCAGUUGUGUUUGCAUAACAAAUGUAUUGUAACACUUGCUAUAGGAUGACAGAAAUGCAAAGGACCAAUUUUAAUCUUUUGCUGGUAUACAAAUAAACAUACACCCAUGAACUUUA